UCAGCAUCAGCAGCAGCAGCAUCAGUAUCAGCAUCAGCAGCAUCAGCAGCAGCAUCAGUCCAGCGGUUCAAGGUUCCACUCACAGGUGCGUUUUUCUCCUCUGCUGUGUGGAACAACUGGCAUCACGGGAGUUUUACUUGAAACUGAGAUCUCACCGAGGGAGGAAUUCAACAAACGCGCCCGAGGGAUUAACAGGAUUUGUACCUGGAGGAUGUGUGGUAUGGACGUCGACCUGGAAGACGGAGGUUCAGGCGAGGGGGAGAAAGAGGAGGAGUUCUGGAUCGGCGAGGGGGUGAAGAUGCUGCCCCCUCCGGUGGCUCACAGUGGGGGCAGUGCCUGGGGCAGCCGCAGGGGCCGGUGCGGCUGCCUAACCUGCGGGGCGGGUCUCAUCCUCUGGAACCUGUGUGUGGUGUUGGCGUGUGUCCUGCUCCUCGCUGUGGUCUUCUCUGUCGUGCUGCUGCCCGCCGUGCUGCUGCUUUACGCCGGCUUCCUGUGCCACUCGAGGGUACUCAACUCCCCCUCCCCCAUUUGCCAUUACCUUGACGACAACAGCUGCUCCGCCCUCAUCAUCCUGGGCUUUGUGAUGAUGUCGCCGCUUGUGGUCGUGGCGGCCGCGAUCUUCUGCGGGCUCCUCCGCAGGUUUCGACUCCUGCUUCUCGUUCAGCCGCUCACGCGAGCCUGGUACCGGGGUCGGCUGCUGGAGUGGGCGGGCAGCAUCCACGCCUGGGUGUGAGGUGGAGCAGCAGUCGGUCACUGAGGGUCAAAGAGUCAGAACAGAUCAGAGAAGCUAGAUCACUGCAAUGUCAACAAGAAAGAACCGCAGUUAGAGAAAUUGUUAGGAAAAUCUUGAAAUACACUGUUUAAUACAAAGUCCUUUCAUGAAUCAUUUGGUAGAUUGUAGAGAUUGUAAAGUUCAGCUAUUCUGAAGUCUGUUUAUAUGAGAUAUUGACACUUUUUUCCAGCUGGAAACAAAGGUGUGUUUGUCGUACUGUACCAAAGUCCACAGAGAACAUUUCUAAUUUUGACAUCAAGACACAGGAGUUGUUGAUCCACUGCCUUUUGUCACUUCUGUGUUUGAAAUCCUUCAUUUGGAAUUAUCUAUGUGACACAAACUUAACGAAUGAGGCGGCAGUCGUCGACCAGCAGCUCCUGUGUCCUCGUGAGCUUAAAAAGAUUCAAUUUUCUCUAGGGAUUUUGGUGCGGGAGUGUGAGCAGUUUACAAACUUCAGCUUCCAGCUGGAAAAGACUGAGUAAUGGGAAGAUAAAAUUCAAUUCAAUUCAAGGCUCUGUACAUAGACAACAUCAUCAAGAGCAGAGAAACCCAACAGUUCACACAGUGAGCAAACGCUAGAGGCAACAGUGGAGAGAAAAACACUCCUGACAGAAUCUCUGACACAAACAGACUCAAAGAUGUGCGGCCAUCUGCCUAGACAGGUUGGGGUGAAAGGAAAAAUGGGGGACAGAGGAGAUUCUUUAGACUAUCAGUACCACAAACCUUAACUGUCCCUUUCAGGAAUACUGUUUUAUUUUUGGAAAGAGAGUCAAGCAGCAGUCAGAUUAAUUUAGAAAAUUGGAAACAGUUAGCCUUAAAAAUAAUACUACGAUUGUAGAUGAAGUUUAUUGUAGCAGUUUCCACCUCUAUCUUUUUUCAGCUAUGAAUUGGAAUCUUCUGUGAUUAUUAUUAUAAUAGUGAUGUCUUUGUAGUUUAACCUGACAUUCUCACAAAAAUGACCCAGAUUAAAUGUGAGAACACUUGGCCAAUUCAAUUCAAUUGUGUGGUUUUGUAUCGCUUGGUUGCUAACCGUGUUAGCGGUUCCAUGUGGAAUAUUCACUCUAACGUGUCGCUGUGAAGUUUGUUUGUAGUUGGUCGGACAAAGAGUACAAAAUGUAUCCUGUUUGGUGGCUUUUCCCCGUGAGCCGAAUCAUGUGAACAAUGUACAAUGUUGCAUUCAAGGACUUUGAUAUUGUCUGUGAGGUAAACGAUGCUUGAAUCGAUCCGAUGUAGCAUCAGAGCGGGCAUUGUGUUGUUUAUGACACAUAUGGAUCAUGUUUUAAAGAACACAACAGCAGACAUCGGCAGUAUGACAGAGUAAUGAUUGUUUAGUAGGAGCCAGGUGUUUAAGAGGCAUUUGCAUCAUCACACCUGGAACUUAUUCCGCUGCGUCUUUGCCGUUUAUCACUGUCCCCCCACUCUGUAAUUAAGUGUUCACAUUUUGAGGUUUCAGCUCUCGAUAGAAAGCCUCGAAUAUUUCAGCAGAAGUAGUCAUUAAAUGUUCCCGUGCCAUUGUUUAUUAUAUUUAUUUGUCUUUUUAGCUGUCCAUGUCCCGGUCCCAGUAUUUGUGCACUAGACUGGACAGAGUGGAGUGGAUAUAUAUAUUUUUAAUUUAUUUUUUGAAGGUUUAUAUGUGAGUAAAUAUGACAGGUUAAAUCAUGUAUUUAGUGGCUAGUUCAGGUUUAGUUUUUUUUUAUUUAUUUCAGUGUUGAAAUGAAACACAUUGCCAUGUUCAAACCUUCCAUCAAUAAAAAGAGGAGGUUUUUUUUCCCCUCGGUU